UUCCGCCCACCUUGGAGGUUACCCAGCUCCCCACGAUAGCAGGGAACCAGGUAAAUGUCACCUGCCAGGUGGGGAAGUUCUACCCCCAGAGACUAAACCUGACCUGGCUGGAGAAUGGAAACGUGUCCCGAACAGAAUCGGCCUCGACCCUCGUGGAGAACAAGGAUGGCACCUAUAACUGGACGAGCUGGCUCCUGGUGAACUCUUCCGCCCACAGGGAGGAUGUGGUGCUCACCUGCCAGGUGCAGCAUGACGGGCAGCCAGCGGUCAGCAGAAGCCACACCCUGGAGGUGUCUGCCCAGCAGAAGGAGCAGGGCACAGAUACCAACGUGGAGCUCACAGGAGAAAGCAUCUCCUACCGCAUCUCCAGCACCGCCCAGGUGGUGCUGGCUCCCGGGGAUGUUCGCUCUCAGGUCAUCUGUGAGGUGGCCCACAUCACCUUGCAGGGCGGCCCUCCUCUCCGUGGGACCGCCAGCUUGUCUGAGACCAUCCGAG